GUUUUUGCAGAAUUCCAGACUCUGCCGCUCCCCCCCUCCAACUUUACCCCAAAAAGUGGGUGGGGCUAGGACAUUCCAAAGCCUCUGAUUGGCAACGCGGAGGCUUUAAAUGAUUUGGAGGGCUGCUUGCGGUGGCUGGAAGGAGGAGCUUUGUUGGAGCCUGUUGCUCGCGCGGAGACAGCGGCGCGUGAAAGCUGGAGAAAAUUGCCUUGAUCGGUCGUUUUCUCCAGCUGCCGCCGCUACCGCCGCACAAGCGCCUCCCAUUCAAAGCCCUCCGGAUCCAGCCGAUCCCGGCGAAGCGCGGCGGCCACCCCGCUCGUAAGUUCCCCGAUGCCAACUUCUGUCCUGCUCGCUGCCCUUCUGCAGCGCCAACCUGGCACUGGGAGCUGAAGUUCUGCAGCCGGCGGCUCUCCUCUCCAUCGUCCCGCCGAGAUGGACCCGAGCAGAGCGUGGCUUUUGUGUAUCCUUUGCAACCUGGUGGCCGCGCCGGCCGCAUCUGUGCAACUUCGGCAAGGCAUGCCAAAUGUAUGUCCUGAACAAGAACUAGCAAUGGUGGGACACCAUCAACCGUGUGUUCAAGCUUUCACCCGUAUGGUGAAGACGUGGAAGCAGGACUGUGCAGCGUCAAGAUGGUGCAUGGGUUAUGAAAGAAGGACAGGCUAUUAUACCAUCUAUAAACAAGUAUACAGCAUGGAACAGCACACUGUCUUUAAGUGUUGCCCGGGAUGGGGCAGGAAGAGUGACGACGAACCUGGAUGCCUACAAUCUUUUUGCUCUGCUGGUACUUGCUUCAAUGGAGGGAAAUGCUCUGAAGGGAUAUCCCAAGUCUGCCAGUGUUCAAUGGGGUUUCAAGGCCCACGUUGCCAGUAUGAUGUAAAUGAGUGUGCCAUUGAGAAUGGAGGCUGUGAGGACCAAUGCUGCAACACAUUUGGGAGCUACUACUGCAAAUGCCCUGAUGGCCAGAAACUGGGGGAAGACGGGACAUCAUGUGAAGAUAUUGAUGAGUGUGCUAUAAGGAAUGGUGGCUGCCAGCAGAGCUGCAUGAACACUCCGGGUUCCUACCACUGUGAAUGUGAUGCAGGUUAUAGACUUCAUACUGAUGGACGCACCUGUUUAACUGUGAAUUCCUGUGCCGUCAAUAAAGGAGGCUGUGAACAUGAGUGUAUACAGAUCAGUGAAGAUCGCUACCGGUGUCAAUGUCAUGCAAACUACCACCUGAAGAGAGAUGGGAAGCAUUGUGAAAAAAUUGACCCUUGUGCAAGUAGAAAUGGAGGGUGUUUACAUAUCUGCCGAAAUGAGAGUGGACUUGCAAAAUGUGAAUGCUAUUCCGGAUACUACCUUUUUGCAGAUGGCAAGUCUUGCACAGAUGUUGAUGAGUGUGCAGAGGGGACCGCUGGGUGUUCUCAUCGCUGUGCAAACACCCUAGGAUCUUUCGCAUGCUUUUGCAAUCCUGGUUUUGAGCUCGGGGCUGAUGGAAGGCAAUGCUACCGUAUUGAAAUGGAAAUUGUCAACAGCUGUGAAGACAACAAUGGAGGUUGUUUUCAUCACUGUGAGCACUCCACCAAUGGACCAGUCUGCUCAUGUAACCAAGGUUAUCUCUUGGAUUCAGAUGGAAAGUCAUGCAAAGAUUUGGAUGAAUGUGAGACUGGAGAUACCUGCUGUUCGCAGUUCUGCAUCAACUACGUUGGAGGCUAUGAGUGCAGCUGCAAGGCAGGGUUCCGGCUUCAUAUGGACGGGUGCGGGUGUGAUGAUGUGGAUGAGUGCCUUGCGGACACUGAUGGCUGUGACCAACACUGCAUUAAUUCUUUGGGUUCUUAUGAAUGUAUGUGCGAGGAGGGAUACAGGCUCAGCAGUGCCAACAGACAGUCUUGCAUCUCAUUAGAUGAAGAUGAGCUGGAAGAAGAAGAGCUAGAGGUCUCCAGGCUUCCUGACCUUCGCUUUAGAAGACCACCUCAGCUUCUUCAUUUGAGUACCUCACUAGAUUCCUUCUAUGAUGAUCAGGAAGAAGAUAUUCGUGGAGAACUCACUCUUGUGCACAAAGUUGUUUGCCUGGAUAACAUGUUUGGAAAUGACUGCAGCUUAAGUUGCUCUGAUUGUAUGAACAGAGGGAAAUGCAACAGUGGGAACAGUAGCUGUGACUGCCCACCUGGAUGGACUGGCAUAAUCUGUAAUGAAACCUGCUCCACAGGGACAUAUGGGAAAGAUUGCAGCAGCCUAUGCAAGUGUCAGAACGGAGGCUCCUGCGACCCUGUAACAGGGCAGUGUCGUUGUCCACCAGGAAUUAAUGGAAAGUUUUGCGAAGAUGGCUGCCCCAAAGGACGAUUUGGGAAGCACUGUAACAAGAAAUGUAAUUGUGUCAACGACGGAUACUGCCACAGAUUGUACGGAGCCUGUUUGUGUGACCCAGGGCUGUAUGGUCGCUUCUGCCAUCUGACCUGUCCCAAAUGGGUCUUCGGAGCCGGCUGUUCAGAGGAGUGCCAAUGUUUAAAGGAGAACACCCUUGACUGUGAUCCCAGAAAUGGUAUUUGCACCUGCAAACCAGGCUAUGAAGGAAGCAAGUGUCAAAAAGAGUGCUCGCCUGGUUUCUAUGGGGCAGCCUGUCAACAGAGAUGCAGCUGUCCUGACGCUUCCUUGUGUGACCAUGAAACCGGAGACUGCAGUUAUCCGUGUCCUGCAGGAUUCUAUGGAGAAAAGUGCCACUUCCACUGCCCUGAUGGUUUCUGGGGUGUGAACUGUCAUUUUGCCUGUGGACCCUGUGAGAAUGGAGGGCAGUGUAACAAAGUGACUGGCACGUGCGAAUGCCCAUCUGGAUACACUGGAAAAUAUUGUAAUGCUUCUUGUCCCGCUGGUUACCAUGGAAAGAAAUGCUUGCUGCAAUGCAGCUGUAAUAUCAGUGCUCCGUGUAACCCCAUCACUGGCGAAUGCACAUGUCCCCUGGGUUGGGUCGGCCGUGACUGCAAGCAGCCUUGUGAUACUGGUUACUGGGGACAGCUCUGUAGAAACUCAUGUGACUGCAAUAACAGCGCUGAUGGCUGUGACCCCGUUACUGGAAUUUGCUUCUGUGAAGCGGGAUAUACCGGGAAACGGUGCGAGCAGAGGUGCCCCAAGGGAACCUUUGGCCUAGGCUGUAAAUAUAGCUGCUGGUGCAAGAACGGAGCUACCUGUGACCAUGUGAGCGGAGCCUGUACUUGUGCAGCUGGCUGGACGGGAACUUUUUGUGAGAAAGCUUGUCCAGAUGGCUUUUUUGGUCUCGACUGUCACCAGGUAUGUGACUGCAAGCAUGGAGCUGCCUGUGAUCACAUUGUUGGAACCUGCCAGUGCCUCCCUGGCUGGAUAGGACCCAAGUGUGACCAACCUUGUCAGGAUAACAGUUACGGACAAGGCUGCAGUAAGAGUUGCAAUUGCAAGAAUGGAGCGCUCUGUGAUCACGUCACUGGGGCAUGUAUAUGCGCAGCAGGGUGGACAGGAGCAGUCUGUCAGGAAGCUUGCCCUCCAGGUUUGUAUGGCAAAAACUGCCUACAGCGCUGCCUCUGUCAAAACCGGGCUACUUGUAAUCACGUGACCGGACAGUGCAUCUGCCCAAAAGGUUGGACUGGAGUAGCCUGUGAACUGGAGUGUGAACCUGGGAAGUACGGUGAGAAGUGCCAACGGAACUGUAGAUGUAGCAAUGGUGGGAUUUGUGAUCAUCAUUCAGGGAAAUGCACCUGCCAUCCAGGUUGGAUUGGGGACCAUUGUGACACUGCUUGCCCAGCUGGAUCCUUUGGUGAGCGGUGUGAGGGACAAUGCGAUUGUGUGCACAGCUAUUCCUGCCAUCACCAGACUGGAGUGUGUCACUGUGAAAAAGGGUGGAGAGGAAAACAGUGUGACAAGCCUUGCUUGCCUGGCACCUAUGGCAAUGAUUGCAUUGAGCAUUGCAAAUGUCCUUCAGGCGUCCCUUGUCACCAUGUGAAUGGAGAGUGUGGAUGCCCUCCAGGUUUUGUGGGCAGCAGUUGUGAAAUAACUUGUCUGCCAGGCACAUACGGAGAGAACUGUAACCAAGCAUGUCAGUGCUCUGGAAAGAAUGAAGAGUGCCACCAUGUCACAGGCCAGUGUGGCUGCCUGCCGGGUUACUACGGAAACCACUGUGACCUUCGAUGUCCGAAAGGUACAUAUGGCCCGUUCUGCAGGAAAACAUGCCAAUGCCUGAAUGGAGGGCAUUGUGACAUUGUGACAGGAACCUGCGACUGUCCUCCUGGCUUCAUUGGAGCAGAUUGUGGUCAAUCUUGUCCAGAGCAUCACUACGGGAAGGACUGCGCCUCCUUCUGCUCCUGCAGCAAAGGACGUUGUGACUCGGUGACUGGGAAGUGCUACUGUCCAGCUGGCCGAAUUGGACCAAAUUGCCUUCAAUUGUGUCCCCAGGGAAGAUAUGGCCCCCACUGUCAACUAAAAUGUAGGUGUAAGAAUGGUGGUAUCUGUGAUCCUGCGAAUGGGACUUGUACUUGUGGACUUGGCUGGACAGGAAGCUAUUGUGAGAAAGAAUGCGCUCCUGGAAAAUAUGGCUUUGAUUGCCAGCUACAUUGUGCUUGUCAGAAUAAUGGAACUUGCAACAGGUUUACUGGGUGCUGUCAGUGUACAGAAGGUUAUUUUGGACAUUCUUGUGAACAUACUUGCCCUUCUGGAUUUUAUGGUCUCAACUGCCGAUACCCAUGCAACUGCAAAAAUGGAGCCACAUGUCUCAAAGUGACUGGGCAGUGUAUUUGUCCUCCAGGUUUUCAAGGUGUACAAUGUGAAAAAGGUUGUCCUCCUGGGAGGUUUGGGGACAAAUGUCAACACCACUGUGAGUGUGAAGGGUCAGCUCAGUGUGAUCCAGUUACUGGAAAGUGCCUUUGCCCACCUGGCAUGACGGGAGACAGGUGUGAUGUUGAAUGUAUGCCAAGCAAAUAUGGUCCCAACUGUUCUCAGCAGUGUCGGUGUGCCAACAAAUCCCAAUGUGAUGUGCGAAAUGGGAGAUGCGCUUGUUUUUCCAAGUGGAUGGGGCCAACUUGCGAAGAAGGUGGCCCUUCAAAACUUCCUUCUUAUGAAGAACAUUCUCAGGAGAAAUGGAAUACUUUUUCAAGAUUGCCACAACAGGAAUACUUGGGCUAAUAAAUGAACUGUUUUAUAUGCACAGGCGGUAUUUAACUUUGGAAAUGAGAGCUGCUAUUCAUUUCAGCUUGAACUGUACUGAAAAAUUCACACUUCUUCAUGCAAGUCCACAGUGUCCAUUAAGUGGCUGGAUCCCUUUUAAAACUUUGCAGCUCCGUUCUGUUUAUUUAUUCUUGACCUCCGGCUUCCUUCUAAUUAAUCCAUUCUCAGUAUCCUUUCCAAGUGUCCAUCCCACAUCUUUUUACAGCUGCAAAGUACAGAAAAUUUCUCAUCUUUCUCCUCAAACAUAUUAGAGAGGUCCUUAUUCGAGUAGAAGGAUUGUAAGGUCUUGCUUUCUAAAGAAACUGCAUCAAGAGAUCUGUAUACAGGAUAUUAUUAUUAUU